AUGGACCGCCGCGCCCGCGCCGCCCCGCGCAGAGAGGAGGAGCGCCCGAGCCACGGCCGGUUCCUCCGCCCCGGCGCGCUCGCGCGGCUGCGGGACUCCAGGAUCGUCGCCCGCUCCCUCCGUUCGUCGGCGGCGGCGGCGCGCCUCUCGCUCCCGUCCGCCCCUCCGUCCCCCGCGCCGGCGGAGCCGCAGCAGCGGCAAGACGCCGUGCCGCACUUCCUGGCGGGGUCCACGAGGGGCAUGUGCGGCGUGGGGCGGUACCCGCUCAGGCGGAGGAUGGCCGCGGCCAGGUGCGUCGUGUUCCUGCCGCCGCCGCCGUCGCCGGAGGCGUUCUGGGAACCGUCGUCGGAUCUCAUCUUCUGA